AGUCAGUAGGAGCUAGAGAGGAUGGGAGAGAGUGCUAGAGGAAGGGAGAGGGGUGGAAGGCAAUCGUCAGGGGGUGGAGAAGGCAUGAGAAUAACACAGCGGAAAAUCCUCCAGCCCUGAGCGCUGUCACACGACCGGGGCCAGCCUCCCGACAGUUACCCUCCUGCGACUCACUUCAGCUGGAGUCAGAGGAAUACACCGCUCCCCCUCCACGGGGUGGGUCCCCAGACCCCCGACUCUCUCUCUCCCUCUACUUUUUGCUCUCACACACACACACGCACGCACGCACGCACACACACACACACACACACACACACACACACACACACACACACACACACACACACACACACACACACACACACACACACACACACACAAAAAGAAAAAACAACAAGCUGAAACGCACACACAAACACACACACACACACACACACACACACACACGCGCGCACAUAGAAAGCAGCAACAAGCAGAGUCAAAAGGGCAGUGAGGAUGGAAGCCGCGCAAGCGAUGGAAGCCAACUCUCGGAAGCAGCGGUUCAAGAAGGGUCGUAGCGCCACGUUCAGCAUCGACGGCUUCAACAUCACUAUCGUAGCAAACGAGGAUGGGAGAGCUCCAGUAAACAAGUCGCCAGUUUCACGCGCUCCAAGUCCCAGAGCGCCCUGUGGAACGCCAUCACGGCGGGGAUGGGGAUCAAAGGCAAGCCGCCCAAGCCCCCGCUGAUGACCCCGCAGCCCGGAGGAGAUACUGGCCGACGAGUUCCCUGCAGCGGACGUCCCGAGGCCACAGAGAAGACCGCCAUCAGGUUAAGAUGUCUGGUGAAACAGCUGGAGAGGGGGGAGGCGUCUCUGGUGGACCUGAAGAAGAACCUUGAGUACGCGGCCACCGUGCUGGAAUCGGUGUACGUCGAGGAGACCAGGCGCCUGGUGGACACUGAGGAUGAGCUCAGUGACAUCCAGUCAGAGUCGGUGCCGUCGGAGGUGCGUGACUGGCUGGCCUCCACCUUCACGCGCCAGAUGGGGCUGAUGCUGCGGCGCACCGAGGAGAAGCCACGCUUCCGCAGCAUCGUGCACGCUGUGCAGGCCGGCAUCUUCGUGGAGAGGAUGUACAGACGCACUUCCAACAUGGUUGGACUCAGCUACCCUACAUCUGUAAUAUCUGUGCUUAAGAACGUGGACAAAUGGUCGUUUGACGUGUUUGCCCUGAACGAGGCGAGCAGCGACCACGCCCUCAAGUUCAUCUUCUACGAGCUGCUCACCCGAUACGACCUCAUCAGCCGUUUCAAGAUCCCCAUCUCAGCGGUGGUGUCCUUCGUGGAGGCCUUGGAGGUGGGCUACAGCAAACACAAGAACCCCUACCACAACCUGAUGCACGCUGCGGACGUCACACAGACCGUGCACUACCUGCUGCUCAAGACGGGCAUGGUGCACUGGCUGACUGAGCUGGAGAUCUUCGCACUGAUCUUUGCGGCCGCCGUGCACGACUAUGAGCACACGGGGACCACAAAUAACUUCCACAUCCAGACCAGGUCGGACACGGCCAUCCUGUACAACGACCGCUCGGUGCUGGAGAGCCACCACGUCAGCGCGGCGUACCGCCUGCUGCAGGACGACGACGAGAUGAACAUCCUGUAUAACCUGUCCAAGGACGACUGGAGAGAGCUGCGGGCGCUGGUGGUGGAGAUGGUGCUGGCCACAGACAUGUCCUGUCACUUCCAGCAGGUCAAGACCAUGAAGAACUUCCUGCAGCAGCCGGAGGGCGUGGACAAGCCCAAGGCCCUGUCCCUCCUGCUGCACACGGCGGACAUCAGCCACCCCGCCAAGACCUGGGACCUGCACCACCGCUGGACCGCCUCCCUGCUGGAGGAGUUCUUCAUCCAGGGGGACAAGGAGGCAGAUCUCGGACUUCCAUUCUCCCCGCUGUGCGACCGCAAGUCCACCAUGGUCGCCCAGUCCCAGAUCGGCUUCAUCGACUUCAUCGUGGUGCCCACCUUCACCGUACUGACGGACAUGACAGAGCGCAUUGUCACGCCACUCAUCGACGAGGCCUCCCAAGCUGGCGUCGCAGGCUUCCGACGCUCCAGUAUGAGUUCAGAGGAAUCCAAGCGGGGCAGCAUGAAGAGCACCGGUCUGGACAGCACCUCCUCCGGCCACUGCUCCCUGCUGGCCGUGGACCACAAGAACUUCAAGACCCUGUGGAACGACGAGGUCUACCAGAACCGCGAGAGGUGGAAGGCACAGGCCGCCAAAGAGGCAGAGGAGAGGGCCAAGAGGGAAGCGGAGGAGCCGGCCAAACCGGAGGAGGCCCCGGAGCCCCCGGACCCCGCCGGCACCACGCAGACCCCCGCCACUGGGGUCCAGGGCGCCGAGGCGGACGACCCCUCCUGCCCACUGCCAGAGGACGACGCUGGGGCUAAGAGCCCGGAUCAGGGACCCCAGCCUGGCACUCCGCCCCUACUGAACGGGGAGGUGUCCGAGGGAGCUGAAUCCCCGCAGGGAGAGGAGCAGAAGAGUAGAUCACCUCAUGAACAAGAGACCGACUGAGGGAGUUCUACAGCCACGGUCCAACUGUUGGAACUCGAGUCAAACUCCUGCUUUGUGUUUUUUCCCCAACGUCCCACCACACAGCGAGGCCAUUACUUUGACUAUGUCGCCCCCUACAGGGCGGUCUGGGGAAUGACACGAGCCCCCUCGCAAUCUCUCUACUUCUGUUUCUUCCCUCCUAAAGGUAUACUUUGUAAGACAUUCGGACCACAACCACUCAAAAAACCAAGACCACUCUAACCCAGAAGAGACUCCCUUCCCUUCCCUCCCUCCCCAUCUACUGCAGAUGAGCUGUCCUCGGCUUGGAGCUAAAGACAGAUGGUUUUCAGUGGUGUGAUUAUGUUAAUGUCACUUCCUUCUAUCCUGACCGACCAGCAUGGACUGGUCUGUCUAUAUCAUUGAUGAUGAUGAUGAUGAUGAUGAUGAUGAUGAUGAUGAUGAUGAUGAUGAUGAUGAUGAUGAUGAUGAUGACGAUGAUGAUGAAGAAGGGAGCUAGACAGCGUGCUAUACAUCAGGAGCUGAAUUAUAAUAUUCCUUAGUUAGGUAACAAAGGUGAUCCAAUAUAACUGAGUGAAACACAAUGAAGAAGAUAUCCAUGACAAAGUAUACCUUUAAUUCCACGUGCGGGCUUGUACAACGUUCUUCUGGCCUGGCCCUUCCAACCCUACACUCCCUCUCUGCCUUCCAAACACUCUUCCUUCCUGACGGUGUGAAGACGUACAGAUUACUGCCGUUAUCAGAGCUGAGUUAUGUGUUUUUUAUUUUGUAUCUAGAAGUACAGAGGGGAUUACUACGUUGGUAUUGCCCGUGGAUCUAUGUUUACGGCUCUACUAUAGUAACGAUACGAUGACAAAACAGAAUAUUUGGAUACCUGGUUUACAAAAACAAAUGUGCUCUUUCUUUAUUUUACGUUUUUAUCUCUAAUUAAACGAUGCGUCAGACCUUAAGCGAGAUGGAUGCCUAUAACGGUGAUAAUUUAACAAGCUCUGCUUAAGUUGAAGUAAUGGCACAGUCACAAAACACAAACAGUAUGGCAAAAGUCAUACUUUUUUUCAGAAAAAGGUACACACACAUACACGCACACAGACACACAGCCGGCUUCCAUAUGUGUUUCUCCUGCAGAUAGUAGCAAUUGUUUUUCCAUGGAGAAGGGACACAACAUCCUCUCUUCCUCUUUAACAGGCUUCACACCUUAUAUUGUAGGGUCAUGCCAUUUGGAAGAUAUAUAUUAUCCAAUACAGCGCUAGGUAGAGGUCCUUUUUUUUACGAUGAACUUGUCCACCGCAAACACUCAGACUUUUGGAUUGAGUUAAUGAUCUAAUUUGAGGGGGAGUUGACAAAACGUUUGCGAGGAAACAAUCCACCGACACAUAGAUUUGGAUGUAGCAUACGAUACUGUAUGUCCAAAAUGUAGGUUUUCCGACUUGCACAUUUCAAACAUAUCAAUGCUUCUUUGGUUUUAAUUUUGAAGGCUGUUUUGUAAAAAAUCUGAAAUGUUUUAAUUUUUUUCUUUGGUGGUUAUUAUGAUUUUUUUAAUCUUUUCUGUGAUUUAACUAUUGAUCGUUGUCUCAUCGCCUCCAUAAGGUCCUGCCUGUUCACCUGUUCCUAGACCAGCCAGCCAGUCCUUCAGCACUCCCGUUGCCUUCCUACGUGGAAUUACUCUGUACAGUGCUUCAGUAUAUCCUAUCACAGGAUAGGUUCCCUCUUACGGCGCUCGGUCACAAUGUUCCGGCCCCUGUCCCCUUGUCCCCCGCAAUGUGUGUUGAUUCCGUGCUCUCGCUCAACUGUUCCAGCUAGCUCCAAUCCAGCCAGCUAUCUUUUUUUAUUAUGUUCUAAUCUGUGAUGGCCGUGAUUCAGAACAUCACAAAAACCGCUAGCUGCUUCUUGACUGUAGCCGCCCGAGAAGUGUAAAACUCCUUGUAUGUUGAUGUAUAGAAGAUGCAGACGUUAUUUUAUUGUGCAUAUGUAACAUAUAUUGAACUUAUUCUGCGACGCUGUUCCAGCCUUAACUGUACACUGUAUGUGUUGUGAUUGGACGAGAAAGCGUUUUAGCAGUAUUUACGUAACGGUUGAACUGUUUCCCUGAGAUUGUGGCCUUUUUUUAACCGACAAUAUAGUUUCUCCCAGAAUGUUGAGUUAUUUUUUGAGGGUAUAUCUCCUGAGCAUACCAACAUGUUUUAUGAUGAUUAUUAUUAUUAAGUAACAUUUAAGAUUUGCAUUUAUAUUCCUUCAUUGUUUUUAUUGUUUGUGCUCACACCGAAUUAAGUAGUGGCUUCUACGUUACGAAAUCCCCUCAAACAAAGAGAGUCAGUGGUGCAACAUUGCUGAAUAAAUACAUAUAUUUUAAUCCUCUUAAACAACUGAGAAGUGGUACAGGUCAAACCAAUUUAUUGGAUCAUUAUGCAUACAGUAAAUAUGUAGAGCAUUCUCUUUUUCUUUUUGUUAGUUUAAUUGUAGAGAUAUUUAUUGCAUCCCAAAGCAGCAUAUUCAUACAAACACAGUUUAAGUUGGCCGGUUACUUUUUUUUGGUUUAAUAAUCAGUUUGAUAGUGAAUGUACACAACAAUUAGAUUCAACAGUUACUUUCUGACCUUUUUUCAUGAACAUGAAAGAAGACCAUAAAAGAAAAUGUACCCUUCAAACUUGUCAACCGAAUGUAACUUUUGUUCAUUUCAUGUGCAUUUCAUCCUCCCUGUCUACAUUCAAAGAGACAUGAUUACACUAUUAUUCAAGGAUUCAUUUCCUGUUCUUUUUUUUGGUCUCAAGUAGAAAUUCCACAACUCCGAUUUUCAACUGCUGCCACCACAGUCUAGUCUGAUUGGUGCUUGGUUGAACACUUAAUGCCUCCUGUUAGCUAACGGGACCAAUAUGUGUGAUGUUGGUGGUCAUGUUUAGUCUCAUUACUUUGCUCUAUCUUCCACUGGCUCCUGUGGUACCCUGUGCUAGGUAAUACGAAACAGGAAACCUUUUUACAAUGCCGAAUUAGAAUUACAAAAAAAAUAUAUCAACAAACAAAAAAAACACAAUAUAUGGUUGUAUUUAGGACAUGUACAGACUUCUAAACAUAGUGUUUUGUAAACAGUUAUCACAGAACAGGUUAUUUGUUGUUUGUUUAAACGCGUUGUCUCUAUUGUUUAGUCAGGACCACUCUAUAUAUGGUUGAUGUCAUGUUGUUCUAGGUUUAGGUGGCUGUCAUGCGUGUGCGUGACACUGCUAAAGGAAUACUUAACGUGCAUUUUUGUGCACCUAUGUGCAUCUCCUCACUGUGACCUGCUCUUUCUGGUGUGUGUGUGUGUGUGUGUGUGUGUGUGUGUGUGUGUGUGUGUGUGUGUGUGUGUGUGUGUGUGUGUGUGUGUGUGUGUGUGUGUGUGUGUGUGUGUGUGUGUGUGAGAGACGCAAAAUGUUUGUGUGAGAAUAAAAUAUGAGAAGAGUAAUGAACAGGGAGAGACCGAGAGGGGGGAGUGUGUGUGUGUGUGUGUGUGUGUGUGUGUGUGUGUGAGUGCGCACAUAUGUGACUGUGUGUGUCUGUUUAUGUGUGGAUUAGUUAGAUAAGAUAAAUGCAACAAUAUUGAUUAUAAGAUAAAGAAAAAGAUGAGAAAGGGCGAACCCGAUGAACAAGAGCGGGAGUUUGUAUGUGUGUGUGUUUGUUCAUGAACGUAUGUGUACGUGUGUGUCAGCGAUUUUGCUUGUAUGCAUGCAUGUGUGUGCGCCCGUGUGUGUGUGAGCGUGUGUGAGGUGAGAGCGUGUGUGUGUGUGUGUGUAUAUGAGUGUGUGUGCGUGCGUACACCUGUGCAUGUAUGUGCAUGCAUGUUUGUACCCAUGCCGGCCGGGCGAGUGUGUGUGCCACCUCUCUGUGACUGCACGGCCGUAUCAAUAAACCUGGACUUAAAGGGCUCA